AUGGCCAAUUCGAAUACAAAUCAGUUGCAUCCAUUGGGUGCGACUACAUCUCAAACGUUCAUAACGGCAUUAAAUCACACAGCAGCCUCCACCAUUGCGAUCAAUUUCCGAGAACUAAUCAAGGAACCAAAAGAAUUGGACGAGGCCUCCAACUAUUUGUACCAGGCACUACUAGAUGAUGUUGUGGCCGGCAUUUUUAUAGAAACACAUCAUUUGCGUAAGACCGGCAAUCUGGCAGCGCUUGAUGGAGUCGGCGAGGAGAAUCUAGAGUCUGCGUUUCACAUUUGUGAGAUGCCAAAUUUGGACAUUUUUGGCAUAUCGACCGCCAAAAAGCAGAUGGACUGCACCUGCCCAAAUUGUGAUAGAUUAGUGGCUGCAGCCAGAUUUGCACCACACUUGGAGAAAUGCAUGGGUAUGGGCCGCAUCUCAUCUCGCAUCGCUAGUCGACGAUUGGCAACCAAGGAAGGAUCUAGUGCCAGCACAAGCUCAACAUCAACUUAUUUGCAAUCAGGUGGUAAUACUGGUGGUACUGACGACGAAGACGACGUGGACUGGUCUUCUGAUAAGCGCAAAAAAAAAUCUACACAGAGCUCACGUAAUAAUGGAUCAAAAAAGAAUAAUGGAAAAACUUUUUAAUAUGCUGUCAUUUACACCUGAUGUACACCUUUAUACCUAUGCACAUACAUAAAAUAAUUUAUUCUUCA